AUGCGACCAGACCGUCCUCGCGACCCUGUUGCCGGCCCUGACAGUGGGCCGGAGCCACCGUAUCCUAUUCAACUCUCCGGACCCGUCAUUAAAGGGUUCGGGCGGGGCAGUAAAGAGCUUGGCAUUCCGACAGCGAAUAUUCCAGCAGACGGGUUAUCCGAGCACCCCGAUCUCGACGUCGGAGUAUACUACGGCGUGGUAGCGCUCGAUCCGCGCCAGUUUUCCUACGAGGGGAAGAAUGCGUCGGCGACGGUUUUGCCGGCUGUGUUGAGUAUUGGGUAUAAUCCUUUUUAUAAGAAUAAGACGAAGUCGAUUGAAAUCCACAUCAUGCCACGCUUGACGGAGCCCUCACCCACGGCGCAGGUCGAUUCCGGCCCCACGCAUUUCCAUAAGUUGCCCGAUUUCUACGGUACGCCGCUGCGUCUGCUGAUCCUGGGAUACAUCCGGCCGGAAUACGAUUACGUGUCGGUGGAGGCGCUGGUGGAGGACAUCCGGGUGGACUGCGAGGUGGCGCGACAGAGCUUACGGCGGCCGGGCUACGUGUGUUAUCUGAACGCGGAUGCAGAUGCCGAUGAGGGGGUAGGGGAGAAGGUGCAGCGUUGGCGCCGGUGGUUGACGGAGUUUUAAGACUUGGCGGGAGGGGAUAUACGGCAGAAGAUACAUCAUAAUGGGGUCCAUGCAUAUAGAUCAGCGCAUCAAUUUAAGGCAACUGGAUUUCCGCUCCCUUGGCGGAGCCUUUGGCACUUGGCAGGAGGGGAUAUACAGCAUAGGAUACAUCAUAAUGGGG